AUGGCUUCUGUUCAAGCUCCUGGAUCUGUCCGAACCUUAUCCCAGCUACUCAAAAGAGCGGCAGAGACAAAAGGUCAUCUCUACUUUUACUCUGAAAAUGUUGCGGAACCCGGUCUUUCCACCCUAUCCUACCGCGAACUCUUGUCCGAGGCACGCGAUAAGGCAAGAUUGAUCAACCACAGCAUCCAAGCUCAGUCGCCGGAGUCGGUCUUGUUGACACACUUCGAUUCACAGCGUGACAGCAUUGUCUGGUUCUGGGCGGCGACGUUGGCAGGAUUUCUGCCAUGUAUGUCACUUCCGCUGGUCAAUAACAUUGGGCAGCGCAAAAAGCAUCUACACCACCUGCACGGCCUACUGAAAGAGCCGACCAUAAUCACCACCAACAAACUUGCAGCUGAGUUUCUUGAUCUGUGCGAAUUGAAAGUUAGAACUGUCGAGGACCUUCGAUACGUUGAUUGCGUUGAGAAGUUUGCGAGUCAGGAUGCCGGACAAAAAGCAGACGCCGGCAGCAUCGCGGCGCUAAUGUUGACAUCCGGGAGCACAGGCAAUGUCAAGGCAGUUCCACUCCGCCAUGGCCAAGUCCUCGAUGCCGUCACUGGAAAAAGCGCACAUCACAGGACCACAACUGCCGACAUCUUUCUCAAUUGGGUCGGAUUAGAUCAUGUCGCAAGUCUAGUAGAAAUCCAUCUUCAUGCAAACCCAAUGCAAUUUAUUCGACUUCUGGACACAUACAAUGUCACUUACACCUUUGCGCCCAACUUCUUCUUGGCCAUGGUUCUGGACGCUCUGGUUCUGAGUCCAGUUUGUACAGCAAAUCUUUACAAUCUGAGGGCUCUGAUAUCAGGCGGCGAGUCAAAUCCUACAUCAACUUGCCAUGAGCUUACGCGAGAACUACGCCGUCUUGGCUGCAAGGGUGAGGUAAUACGCCCAGGAUUUGGAAUGACGGAAACAUGCGCUGGUUCCAUCUAUUCCAUACAUUGCCCCUCAUACGACAUCGAGCGAUCUGUUGAAUUCGCGAGUCUGGGUUCGUGCAUACCAGGGAUGAAAAUGCGCGUCAUGAGCCUCCAUGAUCCCCAGGAUGAAGCUCCCAAAGGCCACACCGGCCAGCUUCAGGUCAUUGGAAAAAUGGUAUUUAGCCACUACUUCAACGACGAAAAAGCGACGAAAGAUUCUUUUAGUUCAGACGGCUGGUUCAUUACGGGAGACCUGGCAUGGAUUGAUGAUGCCAGCAAUCUUCAUUUGGCUGGCCGUAUCAAGGACUCCAUCAUCGUCAAUGGCGUUAAGUGGAGUGCAACCGAGCUGGAAAGCGCACUCGAUGAUGAGAGGAUUCCAGGGAUGACUCCAUCUUUCACGGUUUGUUUCCCGACCCGGAAGGCUGGGUCACCGACUGAGAGUAUCGCCAUCGCCUACUCCCCGCGAUUCCGUGACGAAGAUCUCCGUGCGCGCUCUGAGACGUCAUCACUAGGCAAGAUCUCGCGCUCCAAAAUCCGCGCUGCACUCGAGAGUGGUCAAUUCGGACCGAUUGAGUGCGAAGACCAACAGCUCCUCGACCAAGACAGACAGCACAAAAGGCGGGGCGCCGAGACUGACAGCGAGAAGGUUGUGCAGGGCAUAUUAGCCGACCUUUUGAAGAUGCCUGUUGUGGAGAUUGACGUGGAGACGUCCAUCUUCGACCACGGCGUCGACUCGAUGCAUCUCAUCCUUCUGAAAUCCAGAAUACAGGGGGCGAUUGGCGGCCAGGUUGACAUCCCCAUGUCAGUCUUGCUGACAGAGCCAACCGUCGUCGCUAUCGCAUCCGCCAUUGACCGGCUCGUAUCGCAUCCAAUCGUUUACACCCCGAUUGUGCCAUUGCAGCAGAAUGGUUCUAGCACACCCUUGUUUUGUAUCCAUCCCGGCAGCGGAGACAUCCUCGUGUUCAUUGCUCUUGCAGCACACUUCCCGACCCGUCCCGUGUAUGCCCUCAGAAGUCGGGGUUACAAUCCUGGGGAAUCCUUCUUCUCUUCUAUCGAGGAGACUGCGGAACGUUACGCAGCAGGGAUCUGCAAGGCACAGCCGCAGGGACCCUAUGCCAUUGCAGGCUACUCACUUGGUUCCACGCUCGCCUUCGAGGUGGCAAAGGUGCUCGAAAAGCAGGGUCGAGAAGUAAGGUUCCUGGCUAGUAUCGACUACCCGCCACACAUUGCGCAUUACGUGCGCGGCUUGGAUUGGAUUGAUGUUCUUUUACACAUUGCAUUUUUCCUGGAGCUCGUUGAUGAGGAGACCAUGAAGGACAUCACUCCCCACUUGCACACACUCAACCGCGACGAAGCGCUGUCUCACGUCCUCGGAGUCGGCGAUGCUGAACGUGCCAGUGCUCUCGCCAUUGACAUUGAAAGGCUUGCGUUGAUCUCAGACAUUGCCGAGAACUUCCGUGUCAAUGUACAAAGCUAUGAACCUGAAGGCAACGUCAAUAAUCUAGACGUGUUUGUAGCGGACCCGCCGUCUUACGCGGCUCAUGACCGACAAGACUGGAGGAAAAACAAGCUUGAACGCUGGGUGGACUUCACGCGGACAGGAGCAGAGUUCCACAAUUGCCCGGGCUUUCAUGCAAAAAUGCUCAACAAGGAACAUAUGGCCGACUUUGCGAAAAUAUUCAAAGCGGCCAUGAGAAUGAGAGGCGUCUAG